ACAGAAGAGGAUGCAUGAAAACACAGGCGCGCAGCCUCGCUCCUACGCAUCAGAGAACCUGGUCUGCUACGCUGUGCCUAGCGUUCGUCCAGUGAUAGACCGCGAGGAUGUAGCCUGGCCAGCUAUUCCAUUUCAAAGGCACCGAGCACAGCCAUGACCGUCCGGAUUCAGCAGGCGCAAGCGGAGGUAUGUGGGUGUCUCAGGAAGGCUGUGGACAUCCUGAGGAGACUGUGAGCGUCAAGGAAGACUGCGCUGGUGAGUAUACCUAGACUUGGGCGACACCAUCCAGCGUUAGAACUCCACAUCAUCACGACUUUACCUUUGAUACUCAUUGCCCACUUCGUCCCUUACACUCCAAGAAGACAUACUCUUCCAAGCAUGCCCCUUAAUGUAUACAACUCCGGAAUCGUCGCUGGCUGCCAAUGGGACCCAGAGGCGGUGCUCAAGCUUUCCCUCGACGGCCGCUGCAUUGGUUGGGCGCCCUCACGUGGUCGAAAGUGCCGCAUGCCUAUACGUCAAGACAACGUGCACAGGAUCGAAAUAUUGCUGGCUGAUGUGGCGAAGGAAGGGCCAGACCCUGAGCGACUCCGGCCAAAGUUUCAGCGCCUCGCUGAGCACGGCUUGUGUGUUCGUUUUCAUCAGUAUCAAGUCGACGAGAUGCUAGACCGUUGGAUGAAGCGAAUGUGGGAGGCUUUCCCAAGGCAUGAUCGUGUAGAAGAACGGAUCGACGCGACGUCGGAGCGGGUGAGGCAACGGCCUGGGUCUGCGAACGUUGUUGCGCCAUUGGAAACCGAGCUUGCCGCGCGUGCUGAAGUAGAGCAGAGCAUCGCUGUGUUGCAAGAGUCGCUUCGUGAUGCGAAUCGCCGCAUCGAGGAGCUUACGGCCCGUCAAGCUGCGAACGAAAGCAUGGCGCAGUUGGAGACCCGUCUUUCUCGUAUAACGACAUCGAACGAUCCGUCUUUGUCGUCUUCGCAGCCUACUAAUGUCCUCUCUAACCUGCGCACGCGAAGGGACAGAGCAACGAUUUGCCCUCUUCUCACCGCAGAAUCGGGUCGAGUGAGAAGCCCGACCACUGCAGGCGCGCGAUCGUCAUCAAGCACAUCGUCCAGCGAAUCGUCUAGCGACUCGUCAAGCGCGGCAUCGAGCGAGGCAUCGAGCCCGACCGUGUCAGGAGCACCACCACGCUCGACGCCCUCAACACUAGCACGAGCACGAGGAGUGCGCCGGCCAACAACGGCCGUCACAUGGCCUUCGUCCAGUGCGUCUUCCAGUGCGUCGUCUAGCGCCUCAUUGAGCACGUCAUCCAGCGUCGCAUCGAACCCCACUGUGCCGGAGGUAUCACCAAGCUCUACGCCGGCAGCAGCAACACCCCGAUGUACGCGCUCCCAUGCCCGGCGCCUACCCUUGGAUGAUGAAUGUCCCAUAUGCCAAGAAGGCGACCUUCUCUCCCAAUACGAAAGGUCGGAGGUUGUGUGGUGUAGAAAAACGUGCGGGAGGAGCCUUCACAGGACUUGCUUCGAGGAUUGGCGUAAGCAAUGCGUCAUCGACCACCGGGACUUCACGUGCCCUGUCUGCCGCGGCGAUUGGGAAGAGCGUUCAGUUUGCGACGCCUGUGAUGAGAUUCAGGUGUGUAGGCAGAAGAUCGAAGGCGAAUGUGCUAUCUGUUGCCAUGCCUUAAAGGGAGACGCGCCGGAGGACAGGGAAGACCUCGUGUGGUGUAAGGACUCGUGCGGACAAAGUGUCCAUCGAGAGUGCUUCGAUAGCUGGAAAGAGCAUUGCGAGGCUUUUAGAAGAUGCACGACGUGCGUGAAUUGCACGAGGUCGUGGCGUGAGGAGUGUGAUGGCUAGGGAGCAAGGAAUGUGCGAGCGCGAAGGUUUGGUCUUGCCUUCGGAAUUGGGUUCCGAUCGGAGCAAGCACCUCGCAUCUUCAUCUGAUAGGCAUACCUCGCGCCUACCCCAACCGUGUAUCUUAGAGCUCGAAUCGAAGCGGAUGUCUCAGCCGGGCAGUCGCCAACCUUGAGAAACCAGCGCUCCUGCAGCUCCAUAGCUAACAUCCACGUACU